AUGAUGGGACCUCAAUCGUUAGGCUUGUACCUGGUUUUGGUACCCGGUAUAUGGUACUGGGUGGUAGCUCAAAGUAUCCCUGAUGAUCAAUAUUUUUACGGCCAAUCACCCCCAGUAUAUUCCUCACCCCCUGCGGCCGGACCUGAGAGAUGGGCAGAAGCGUUCUCAAGGGCCAAAGAGCUCGUCGGACAGAUGACGUUGGAAGAGAAGGUAAAUCUCACUACUGGAGUGCAACAUGAGACUGGGUGUUCUGGCAUGAUCCACAGCGUAACGCGACUCGGCUUCCCAGGUCUGUGUCUACACGAUGCAGGCCACGGGGUUACCCGUACUGACUUUGUGAACUCGUGGUCGAGCAACAUCCACGUGGGAGCUUCGUGGAACAAAGAUCUCGCGCGGCAGAGAGCCGAAAGGUUGGGUGGAGAAUUCCAACGGAAAGGAAUCAAUGUCAUGCUGGGACCGUCAAUUGGUCCGUUGGGCCGCAUCGUGACAGGAGGGAGAAACUGGGAAGGGUUUUCUAUCGACCCGUACCUGAGUGGCGAACUUGUUUCCCAGACUGUUCUGGGAAUUCAAAGCAAUGGGGUGACUACUUGUGUUAAACAUUUUAUUGGAAACGAGCAAGAAAUGUAUCGGAAUCCAUCCGAACAACAGGCUUCUUUGUCCUCCAAUAUCGAUGAUGUUACAAUGCAUGAGCUGUACCUAUGGCCUUUUUACAACGCCAUUCGGGCAGGCGCCGGCAGUGUCAUGUGUUCUUAUCAGAGAUUAAACAACUCGUACGCCUGUCAGAAUAGCAAAGCCCUUAAUGGUCUUCUGAAAGACGAACUUGGUUUUCAGGGAUUUGUCGUCACGGAUUGGGGCGCAUUGCAUGCAGGUCAUGAUGCGGCAGCUGCUGGUCUCGACAUGGCCAUGCCUUAUUCGAUCAAAUAUUGGGGCCCGAACCUUGUCGAUUCUGUUCGGAAUGGAUCCCUUCCAGAGCGGAGACUCGAUGAUAUGGCUGUGAGAAUCCUCUCCACCUGGUAUCGCAUGAAGCAGAAUCAACAAAUCUCAGAGCCAGGUCACGGUUUAGCACUGAACCUCACCCUUCCGCACAAGAUCGUCGACGCCCGGGACCCAGAUGAUCAACCUGUUAUUCUCCAAAGUUCGGUGGAAGGACAUGUUCUUGUGAAAAAUGUCAACAAAACGCUCCCACUCAGAAAGCCCAAGCUGCUUUCCAUCCUGGGUUAUUCUGCAACGGCACCCAUGGUGAACAUGGUAGACGAUACUGGACUUUCUACCUGGGGUUUCGGAUUGCAGGUUGUCUCCGGUGAACAAAUUGUUCAAGCAAUCCUAGAGAUCAACAAGGAUUCCACCCAACAACGUAAUUCUGUGCCAGCUAUAGCCAAAAAUGGCACCCUGCUCUCCGGCUCUGGAUCCGGCACAACAUCGCAGACAAAUUACCUCGCGCCGUUCGACGCGCUCAAGCUGCGAGCCGAGAAGGACCAAACACAGCUAUUUUGGGACUUUUCGAGCCCCGACCCCAGAAUUGUAGGCAACAGUGAUGCAUGUCUCGUUUUCGGCAACGCAUUUGCCACAGAAUCGUUCGACAGGCCUGGAUUGAAAGACAACUACACAGAUACAUUAAUCUUAAACGUCGCUAAAAAGUGCUCCAGCACCAUCGUCAUCCUGCACAAUGCAGGCACACGCCUAGCAGAUCCCUGGAUAGAGCACCCUAACGUCACAGCAGUCAUCUACGCGCAUCUGCCCGGGCAGGAACCGGGCCGGGCUAUCGUGUCUCUUCUCUAUGGCGAUAUCAAUUUUUCUGGGAAACUACCUUACACCAUCGCAAAGCAGGACACAGACUACGGAAACCUCCUUUGGCCAGAAACUACAGUACAGCAAGGUUUCUUCGAGAAGUUUCCCCAAAGCAACUUCACAGAGGGUGUCUAUGUUGACUAUCGUCACUUUGACCGCAGCAACAUCAACCCGCGUUUCGAGUUUGGGUUUGGCCUGAGUUACACCUUGUUCAACUACAGCGACCUCGCCAUCCAAAAAAUGGGCAACACCACGCCCGAGUUACCCUCUGGAUCUAUCGGCGAAGGAGGGCAGAUUGAUCUGUGGGAAACCAUUGCUAGGGCCUCAGCAGUGGUUUCAAACAUCGGCGAUGUAGACGGCGCAGAAGUCGCGCAGCUUUACAUUGGCAUACCCGGUGACGAUGUGCCCGUGAAACAGUUGCGUGGAUUCGAAAAGCCAUUUCUCAAAGCCGGAGAGAAAUCACGGGUGUGGUUCGAUCUGCUGAGGAGAGAUUUGAGUGUCUGGGAUGCCGAGACACAGCGUUGGCGUCUGCGAUCUGGCUCGUACCAGGUUUGGAUUGGUGCAAGUAGUCGACGACUGCCACUCCAUGGUACAUUGGAGAUUUAG